ACACCACACCAAUCACUCGUCACUCAAACCAAAAGGGAUACAUUUCAAAUCCCUCGUUCGUCAUCAUGUCUUCGAGAGGGAGCUCAUUUCUGCAGAAUAACUCCCUUUCUGGGGUUUCAAGAAUGACGAAAUCACAGUCGUUGAGAGUGUCGAUUCAUCCUCCGAUGGUGGUAGCAAUGAUGAACCCUAAUACCCGCCCCGAUAGAAACGUCGCCGUUUCUGUGGAGAGUGCUGUGAAGGAGGUGAAUGCUCCGAUGGCGGUUGAAAUCGUCGAGUGUAAAUCGAAGCAAAACGCCACCGUUGUUGAUGACGUGUACAGCGAAGAUACAGCCACCGAGGAUACUCCUUGGGCUGUUUCUGUUGCCAGUGGGUACUCGUUGCUGCGGAACCCGCAUCACAAUAAAGGUCUGGCGUUCACCGAAAAGGAGAGGGAUGCUCAUUACAUUCGUGGUCUUCUUCCACCGGUUGUUGUUAAUCAGAAUCUUCAGGUUAAAAAGAUGAUGAAUAAUAUCCGUCAAUAUGACGUACCGCUGCAUAAGUACCAGGCCAUGAUGGAUCUUCAGGAGAGAAAUGAGAGGUUGUUUUACAAACUGCUUAUUGAUAACGUUGAGGAGCUUCUUCCGAUUGUCUACACUCCAACGGUUGGUGAAGCGUGCCAAAAGUAUGGGAGUAUUUUCAAGCAGCCGCAGGGUCUUUUUAUUAGUUUAAAAGACAAAGGGAGGAUUCUCGAGAUACUUAAGAAUUGGCCGGAGAAAAAGAUUCAAGUUAUUGUGGUCACAGAUGGCGAACGAAUCUUGGGACUUGGAGACCUUGGCUGCCAGGGGAUGGGGAUACCCGUGGGAAAGUUAUCUCUUUAUACCGCUCUUGGAGGUAUUCGUCCUUCAGCUUGCUUACCCGUAACCAUUGAUGUGGGCACAAACAACGAGAAGCUGCUGAAUGAUGAGUUCUACAUUGGUCUGAGGCAAAGGAGAGCAACUGGGCAGGAAUAUGCUGAACUUAUGAACGAGUUUAUGUCUGCUGUCAAGCAGAACUACGGUGAGAAGGUGCUUAUUCAGUUUGAGGAUUUUGCUAACCACAAUGCCUUUGAUCUUCUUGCAAAAUACAGUGCCACCCACCUAGUUUUUAACGAUGAUAUACAGGGGACAGCAUCCGUGGUACUUGCAGGGCUUAUAUCUGCACUAAAAUUAGUCGGUGGAUCUUUAGCUGACCAACGGUUUCUAUUCCUUGGAGCUGGAGAGGCUGGCACGGGCAUUGCUGAACUCAUAGCACUCGAAAUAUCAAAACAGACUCGAGCACCACUAGAAGAGAGUCGGAAGAAGGUUUGGCUUGUAGACUCUAAGGGGUUGAUCGUUAGAUCCCGCUUAGAUUCACUUCAACAUUUCAAGAAACCUUGGUCCCACGAACACGAACCCGUUAAAGAACUCCUGGAUGCCGUCAAGGCAAUCAAGCCAACCGUGUUGAUUGGAUCCUCAGGGGCAGGACAGACAUUUACUAAAGAAGUCGUUGAAGCCAUGUCAUCUCUUAACAAGAAACCUGUUAUUCUUGCUCUUUCCAAUCCAACUUCACAAUCCGAAUGUACUGCUGAGCAAGCUUAUACUUGGAGUGAGGGUCGUGCCAUAUUUGCCAGCGGGAGUCCGUUUGCUCCUGUUGAAUACAAUGGAAAAGUCUAUGUAUCUGGGCAGUCAAACAACGCCUACAUUUUCCCUGGAUUCGGUCUCGGCUUGAUAAUUUCUGGCGCGAUUCGUGUUCACGAUGACAUGCUUUUGGCAGCCUCGGAGGCAUUGGCUGAGCAAGUUAAGCAAGAGCAUUUUGACGAUGGCUUAAUAUAUCCACCCUUCACUAAUAUUCGAAAGAUUUCCGCUCACAUUGCGGCCAAGGUAGCAGCCAAAGCAUAUGAACUCGGUCUGGCGAGCCGGCUUCCUCAACCGGAAAACUUAGUGGCGUAUGCCGAAAGCUGCAUGUACAGCCCGAGUUAUCGAAACUACCGCUAGAUUUUGACGAAAAAUCGAUGCUCUUUCAGUCGUACUAAAGAGCUUUUUUUUGUUGUAUGUUAUGUACGGACAAUCUUUAUUUCGAGUUAUUGCUGAAUGAUAAACUUUUGUAGCCUGUAGGGAUGGUUUAAUACGAACUAAACAAAUUUAGUUUAUUAA